AUGCCCUUUGCACAACCUGACAACGGCCGUCAAGGUGGAGUUGGAGAUCCCCAAGGACCCGACGAAUGGUUCAAAUCCUUGCCGAUUGUCACACGCUAUUGGUUUGGUGCUACCAUGUUGGUCACUUUGAGCGUCAAUUUUCAAAUCAUCAAUCCCUACAAAAUCAUGUUUGAUUUUGAUUCCAUCAAAGGAAGUUUGGAAUUGUGGCGACUGCUGACUCCCUUUUGUUAUGCGGGUCCUUUUGAUUUUGGAACGCUGAUCGGUUGCUACAUGUUGGUACAAUUUAGCAAGCAAUACGAAAAGGGCGGACCAUUCAAUACUGGCGCUGGAGGAGGAACUGCGGAUUAUAUCUUUUGCAUGAUGUUUGGAACCAUUGGCAUGCUGUUGUCCUAUCCAGUCUUGAUGCCCAUUCUUUCGCUCCCUCCCAUCUUUUGCCGCAACUUGACGUAUUAUGUUUUGUACAUUUGGAGCAAACGAAAUCCUACUGCCAAUGCCAAUAUUUGGGGAUUCCCCAUCAAGGCUAUAUAUCUGCCAUUUGCGUAUUUGGCAAUGACUGUCUUUAUGGGACAAGGCUACAUGGAUAUGCUACACGGAAUUGCCAUUGGACACAUGUACUACUUUUUGGUGGACGUCGUUCCUGUUGUGUACGGCAAGGAUCUAUUGCAUACUCCUUCCUUUUUGAUUGAUACCUUUGGAAUCGGAGAGUACACACCACCGGCGCCUGGAGCUGCUGCUGGAAGACCAUUGGGUGGUGGUGGUGGUGGUGGCGGUGGUGUCACUGGAUUUGGUGCGCGGGCUGCCGGAGGAGCAGCUCCCGCUGGCGGUGGUGGUGGUGGACGUCACAACUGGGGUACUUCUGGUCAACGAUUGGGUACUCAAUAG